UGCAUCACGAAAAUGCAACACGAUUCGAUAGUACUAGAUCUAGGCCUAGUUAGUAGAUCUAGAAUAGAUCUAGAAUCUAGAUCUAGAGAUCUAGAUCUAAUUCUAGUUCGUAAAUGAGUCGUGAAUAAUCAAUUCUUUUAAUGGAGAAAUUCAGAUGUUUUAGUUUGCCAGCUUUUUUACCCAUGAAAGUAAAAUCAUAUUAUUUGGAAAAGCUUAGGCUACCUAGGUCAUUUUUUUAUAUUUUUAUAAAGCAGAAGCCAGUUUCAAAACAACUAGCCAACCACAAACUAAUAUUUGAUUUAGCUGAGCGGAAAAACAAAAAUGAUCAAGAUUCUAACCAACAAUGUGUGACUGAAAUCUCAGAGCCAGCAGGACAAAGAGUUAUUAAAGAUGCUCAUCACAAAACUUACACUACUGUCGUCCAAAUCAAUCAACAUUUAAAUUUAGGUCUAGGCUUAUUGACAACAGUUUACUUAGGCCUUCUGAAAAUGGCAAGUGAUGCUUUCAUAGCUUUUACCUCAACAACUGCUGAAACUUUAAAGAACAAAAAAGUUAAUGAUUGGGAUUUAGCAUGCAACACCAAUAAUAAUGAGGACUUUACAAAGAAAUAUCUGAUAGUUGGCUUGGGUAACCAUGGAUACCCCAACACAAGACACAGCAUUGGUAUGAGAGCAGUGGACAGAUUCGCAGAAAAUUUCGGGGUGACAUUGUCGUACAACAAACAGUAUGGAGGAUUUGCUAAUUCAACUACAGUUGAUGAUACUAAGCUAGUUCUAUUCAAGCCAAAAGCUUUGAUGAAUAUAAAUGGUAUCAGUGUAGCUAAGACAGCAAAGCUGUUAUCAAUUUGUCCAAGUAACAUCUACUUAAUCCAUGAUGAAUUAGAUAAAGUCCCUGGGAAAUUUCAUAUAAAAGAAGGAGGAAGUGCAGGGGGUCAUAAUGGUGUGCUGUCGUGCAUCAGCUCAUUACAAUCACAAGCAAUGAGGCGCCUUAGAAUCGGGAUAGGUCGUCCUUCAUCUAGAAAUUUUGUUGUCCCUUAUGUGUUGGGCAAAUUUUCUAAAGAAGAAGCCGAUCUUGUGGCAUCUGCUGUAGAUCAAGCUCUUGAGGCUCUGCUUCAUCACAUCAAACAAAGGUCAGCUGGUUCAACCAAUCACAGCAGCACAUCAAUCAGACAUAAACCUUUACACCAAUCAAAACCUGUCUUACAUGAUAAACAUAAACCUUUACACCAAUCAAAACCUGUCUUACAUGAUAAACACCCCAGCCAAGAGACAGAGGAACCUGAGUGUUGUAACACAUCCAUCAAUAACUGUCAACAAACAGAAGAAACCAGGAUGGAGGCACCCAACAAAGUUAACAGUUGUAACACAUCAGAUUGCAACCGUGAACCUACACCAGAAAGAUGAUGUUCAUGAAUUUAGGAUUACAACCGUGAACCUACACUAGAAAGAUGAUGUUCAUGAAUUUAGGAUUGCAACCGUGAACCUACACCAGAAAGAUGAUGUUCAUGAACUUAGGAUUGUAAAUGAAUACCUCAUUAACCUAAUUAAAAAAUUGUAUCAAAUUUA